UAAGUUCAUAGUACUCGAAUGGGGUGUUUUGGGGGCGUUGCUAAAUAUAAUACUAUAGUGAUUUUGUAAAUAUUAUUAUUCUUACAUUAUGCAUUUUUUUAUUAAAGCACAAUAAUUUUUAGUAAAAAAAUAUAAAUAAUAAAAAUGGCUCACUCCAGUUUCAGCACAGUAGAUGAAUAUGGCUUUGAAAGACAUGAAGAUUUUGAUUAUGAGAGCUAUGAAGAGUUCAUGUCUGUUUAUCUCAAGGUUUUGGCCUCCAGGGCACAAAAAUGGGCUAGUUUGCUUGGAGAAGGAAAGUCGGUCAAACGGACUAAUACUGUAAAAAGAUAUGUGCGCAAAGGAAUACCCAGCGAGCACCGUCCUUCAGUGUGGAUGGCUAUUUCUGAGGCUGAUAAAAUGAAGGAACAGAGUCCUGAUUUAUAUCAAAAGAUAUUAGACAGUCCCUUUGAAAAAGAAUUAGUUGAUAUUGUAAAAACUGAUCUACCACGUACAUUUCCUGAUAAUAUAUAUUUCACCAAGGAAGCAAACCAUCAGGCUCAUCUUUUCAAUGUGCUUAUAGCUUACGCUCACAACAACAGGGUUGUUGGUUAUUGUCAAGGACUAAAUUACAUUGCUGGUUUACUAUUACUUUCAACAAAAAGUGAAGAAACCUCCUUCUGGUUGCUAAAAGUAUUAGUAGAGAAGAUACUUCCGGACUAUUACACGAAAACAAUGGAUGGUUUGAUAGUAGACAUUGAGGUGUUAUCUGAACUAGUCAAAGCAAAAGCUCCUGAUGUUCACCAGCAUGUGAUUAACUUAGGUCUGCCAUGGGCUGUUAUUACCACUAAGUGGUUUGUAUGCCUUUUUGCAGAAGUUUUACCCAUUGAGACAGUCUUGAGAAUCUGGGACUGCCUUUUUUACGAAGGCUCCAAAAUAUUGUUCAGGGUUUGUCUGACUUUGAUUAAAAACAAUCGAGCAUCUAUUAUGGCAUGUAAAGAUUUCACCUCCUUAGCAGAAUGUUUUAAGGCUAUUGUGAAGAAUGCCAGUGCAUUGCACUGCCAUGAAUUCAUGCAGUCAAUAUUUAAAGUACCUGGAACCCUUUCCAACUCGACAAUAUUAAAACUCCGUGCGCGUUUUGCAAAGCAACGCCGUGAACAGCAACAGAAGGAACCACGGUGAACCACUUGCUCUGCCGUGACUAAAGGAACUUUUGAUCUCAUCUUGUCAAAAGAUUUACCAAAUUAUUAAUUUUAUUUGUAUAAAUGGCAUUUUUUUUUAAAUAUGCACAUUAAUAAAGUGUAUAGAGAAAACUUUAUUCAAAGUCAUUUUAACUAAAUAAUUUGUAUUAGACAGUAUUGGUAUUGUUUACUACAACAUUGUGUUAUAGUAAAUUAAUUGUAAUUAAGUAUAAGUAACUUUUAAAUUAUUGAUUUUUUCAACCUUUACAUUUUAUGAACAUGACAUACAUUUUUGUUUAUAUGACUAAUAUGCAUUGUGCUGUUAUAAAUUGUUAUGUUUCAAAUUUUGAUGAGAUGAUUUCUCUCUAUUAGAUAAAAAAUCAAGACUAUUCAGAUGAUACAACUAUUUCCAAUUACCAUUAUUUUAAAAUUUGCUCUCAAUAAUCAGCUGUUAAGUACUAGGUAUCCUAGAGUUAGUAUUUAUUUUACAUAAGCAUCCAUAUGAGUGAGAAUAUUUAUGUAAAUUAUGAACUCCUAAAUGAAAUUAAUAUAUUGAUGCAUUGUAAAUCAAUAAAUUAUGAAUUUGGUUUCAACAUAUUUAUAUUUUUAAUCCACCGCACAUCUGGAUAAACUGUAAUAUUUUAACGAUACUGGCUGGUUUGCUUAAAAGUAGUAUUUAAAAAAUAUCAAUAAGCACAAACAAAUUUAAGUCAAGAUUAAAUAAUUCCCUAUUUUUGAGCAGAAAACUUUGUAUUUCUGCAAUUUGAAAAAUGGAAUUAAAAAGAAAAUAAACCUUUUAUUUCAAGUAGAUUUAGUUAAAAUCUAAAAAAUUGAAUUUGAUAUGGCCAGUAAGAACUAAAGUUAAAUGACAAUGAUAACAAGAUACUCUUAUUCGUAAUAGUAAAAUACAUGAUAAUAGUUUUUAAAAAUCUAUCAUUGUUAAACUUAUUAAUAAAAAAUAGUAGUUUCAGAUUUCUAUUUUUAUAUUAUUUUAUAAUGGCAAUUAAGAUUCUUACUGUAGCAAAAGCUGUUUGUAAAUCAAUUU